UGGGGAACGCGGUGCCCCCCAGCAGCAUCACCGAAGGGCGGCAGCAUCGCCAUGGGUUGGCAGGGUGCAGGCAGGCAUCCCCCACCCCGGGGGGGGGCCCUGGGCAGGGCGGCAGCUUCGUGGAGGGUUUCCUUCCUCCUGCCCCAGCCUGCGCACCCGCCAGCCGCCCUGAUCCGCGCCGCUGCAAGCACCUCUCAUGUGACCGCCGGCUUCCUGUGCGCUUCCCGGCCUCGGUGCCGGUGCUUCGGUACGUGCCGUGCCAGGCGCUUGCCCCAACGCUACACCCUUGCCGCCGCCGGGCCCCAGCACCAUGCUGCGCCGCAAGCCCUCCAACGCCGGUGAGAAGGAGCCGGGACACAAGAAGCUCUCCCUCCAGCGCUCCAGCAGCUUCAAGGACUUCGCCAAGUCCAAAGUCAGCUCCCCUGUGCCGAGCGAGAAGGAGUUCAACCUGGAGGAGAACAUCCCAGAGGAUGAGUCCAGCAGCUCCGUCCCCGAUGAUGCUGCACGGAGCAGCGGGAUGAAGCUGAGCAAGAAGUGGCGGGCCGUCAUCUCCCGCACCAUGAACCGCAAGAUGGGCAGGAUGGCCGUGAAAGCACUAGCCGAGGGGAAGCAGGGAGACGUGGAGGAGGAGGGGUCCCUGUGCCCCCUGUCCCCGGCUGGCAGCACCGAGGAGCCAAGCCACGAAAAGGUGCCCCUGUCUUACCUGGAGAUGGAGGAAGACGGGCACCCCUCCGUCAGCCGCCAGCUGUCCAGCGGCAGCGACGUUUCCAGCCCCGGGAGCAGCAACCGGGACAGCCUGCGGCUGGAGGAGAGCGGUCCAGCCUACAGCGGCCCCUUCUGCGGCCGGGCCCGCGUCCACACCGACUUCACACCCAGCCCUUACGACAAGGACUCGCUGAAGCUGCGGAAAGGGGACAUCAUCGGCAUCAUCGAGAAGCCGCCCGUGGGCACCUGGACCGGGCUCCUCAACAACAGGGUGGGCUCCUUCAAGUUCAUCUACGUGGACGUCAUCCCCGAGGAGACGGCCCCUGCCCGCAAGAGCCGGGGCCCCAGCAAGAGCAAGCGGCUCAAGCCCAAGACCCUCCAUGAGCUGCUGGAGCGCAUCAACCUGCAGGAGCACACCUCCACCCUGCUGCUGAACGGCUACCAGACCCUGGAGGACUUCAAGGAGCUGCGGGAGACCCACCUCAACGAGCUGAACAUCACAGACCCCCAGCACCGUGCCAAGCUGCUCACGGCCGCCGAGCUCCUCCUGGAUUACGACACAGCGAGUGAGCCGGAGGAAGGCGACAGCUCCGAAGCCCAGCCUUCGCCCUCGGAGCCCAAGGGGGACAUUCCCCGGGACUCGGGCUGCUUCGAGGGAUCGGAGACCCUAGACAGCAGCCGGGAUGAGGCCGAGCUGGGGGGUCCCGAGGGGCAGCUGCGGGAUCUCUCCCUGGCAGAGUCCUCCUGAGCCCACCCUGCCUGCUGGCACAGCCCACAGCCGCUUCCCGCUCGGGCCCUGGCAGCGGGUCCGGACUGGAGGGGACGGCUGCAGGCGGGAGAAGCAGGUGAAGCCCGGCAGCGGGACUCCUGCGCCGCAGGCAGGUGCUGCGUGGCUGCAGGCAGCUCAGCCCUCGGUCCCCCGAGGCUGCCCCAUUUGCUGCCCCCAGGACAUUUUGCACCGCUGCCCCAACACGGGUGCUCCAGGCACCCUGGGGCACCGCGGUCUCUGCCGAGAUGCCGCAGGCCUGGAUUGCCUCUCCGGGGUUUGCCUCACUUUAUCCACAGCUUUAAGAGCUUCUCCCGGAGCCCUCGCCUACCGAGGCUGGGCUGAGCGUGCCGGAGCCCGCGAGGACAGGGAGAUCCGUGGCAGGCAGGGACGGAGCAAACCCGGCGCUGAGCAGCCGUGUGCGAGAGGGCAGAGGUCCCACCGAGCCCAGCUCCUCGCCGGCAGGGAGGACGCCUGCGCUGCCUUCCUCCAGCGUCUUCCUCGCACAGCCAGGGCAGGCAGGGAAAGGUUUGCUGGGAAGUUUGGGUUGGGGGGGGGGGGAGAGGUUUGGCCGAGCUGAGAGCAGCCCAGCAAGGGCACCGUGAGCCCCCUCCCUCGGCUCGAGGGGAGCCCCAAGGGCUGCCCACAGCUUGCCACCAAGCCUGGUCCGGGGGGGGGCUACGAGAGGGGCUGGAGCGACCACCCUGCUGCCCCACAGGCAGACGGGCUCAGCAAGGUGAGGCUGUCACCCAGCAGGACAGUCCCUGCCAGAUCCCCCAAAGCACUGAG